UUUCAUUUGACCUUGUACAAUACUGGAUUCGGAGCAGUGUUAAAUGGCGUACAUAAUAUUAAAGCAACGUUUGGGAAAUCGUAAUAUAUUUUUAAAGGAAAAUGGAAGUGUGUGGCAGCGUGCUGGUGAAUUCGAAUUACCAGCAGUUCCGGCUGAAAUGCAUAUACUGCACCACAGAAAGCGAGCUACAUGAUUGGAAGCUGUUCAUCAACCAUGUGCGGACAUCACAUUACUGCGAGGAGGAUGAAGCCUCUGGGUCUACAGAUGUCCCAAUCAAAGAAAACCAAGAUUCGUUGGACCCUGAAAUCGAAUACGAACCAGAAGAGUUUUACAAUAUCAUUGAAACGGUUGAGGACGAUGACCAAUGGUUAAAGUCUGAAAAUGACAUGGACGAGGAUGUUAGUCCAUACGCGGAGAAUAAGACGACUUACUGUGAAUACCUUUCUGAAUCCAAUGAAGCGCCAGCUCCAUCAGAAAGAGAUGCAGCCAGCAGCCCCAAUUACUCGGCUUCUUUGAAAGCCGAACCAUUCGUGGAGUACGAGAGUGGUAGCGACUCUAACUCAUAUAUUGAAGAGCCACCGCUACCACGGCGUCCAGGAAGGCCACCAAAACGUACCAGACCUGAUCAGGUUUUCAAGUUCAAAGUGUCGUUUAUACGAAGCAAUCCACGUGUGCUGCAUCUGAUCCAAGUGUAUAGGGAACACCCCUGCCUGUGGAAUCCAGCAGAUGACUUUUAUGAGGAUGAGGGCGUGCGGAAGCAGGCGUACAAAUCUAUAAUAAGUCGUAUGGAGUUAAAAACCGACGUACUUUUGACUGUGGCCGAGUUGAAGCGAACUCUGGUGCAGCUGCACACGCAAUACGCCCUUGCAGGAGAAAUGAAAGCGAAAGGGAAGCUAGUCGGACUGGCAUCUCGUUACUAUGCCAAAUGCGAAUUCCUCAGCGUUUCGCCGCCCGUAAAAGUAAGGCAGAUCGAAGUGGACAGUAACCUAAUCACAAUUAAGCUUAAUUUUAAGGAGGAUAACUUAGUGACUAGUUCUUUCAUCGAGACAUAUGGAAACUAUCCGAUGUUAUACAAUCCAGCACACCCAGAUUUCUGUUCAAUAGAUGCGAGGGCCGAAGCCUAUGUAAAGCUGGCUGAAGAGUUCCAGCCUGUUGUGAAGGCCAAUGAAACGGACGUUUAUAUAGCCGUAAAUAAGCUAAGACGUUGGGCUUAUGAGGCUAUGAGGCGUCUGAAAGCCAAAGAGCUGAUUGAGUCUUGCAAUAAGCAGGAGGUGCAGUACUUGCGCAUGUGUAGCUUUUUACCUGCUAAAGGAUCGGAAAGUGCUGUGUUGUACUGCGAUGUCUGCAGCAGGCGGUUUCACGGCGACUACAACCUCCGUGUGCAUAUGUUCAAAGCCCAUAUGUUGGGCGAACUACCUUAUCUUUGUUCUAUGUGCCCGCGGCGCUUUGACAGACAAGUGGACAUGGAACGGCACAAACAACGAUCGCAUUUCGCUAACCGCCUGAAGUGCGAAUAUUGCGAAAAAGUCUUUGCUGUCUACCAUGACCUUAAGGUACACACUCUUAUCCACACCGGCGAGAAGCCGCAUGUGUGCGAAGUUUGUGGCAAAUCGUUCCGUCUGAAACUGCUUUUGGAUCAUCACAUAAACGGCGUCCACCUCAACAUUCGGCCUCACCAUUGCCACUUGUGCAACAAAAGUUUCCGCAAAAAGUUUGAACUGUCCAACCACAUUAAAGGACACUAUAAUAUUCGUGAUAAAAAAUGCGAGGUUUGCGGAGCCGCUUUCUACGACCAUUCUUCCCUCUCCAGACAUCGCCGAGGCCACAGAGAAAAACAACAAAUUUAAUUGGAUUAUAUUAAAAUGGAGAUAUCGGGAAAUAGCAUUUGUGUUUACAUUAAAUGCAUCGAUUUAUAUCACUUGACUGCAUGAUUAGAACUAUAUAUAAUAUGUAGAUUCUGCCAAUUAAAAAGGACAACAGGAUAUAGUCCAAAAUAUCCCAGCCUGUAGAUGAUAAGGAAUAUUUUUAUUGUGUUUUCCUCUGUUAUUAAAGAAAUUAAAUAUAAAUAAAUAAACAAAAUGUAAAUGGGUCAUAAAUACGAAUUUAAGUUAUUUUUUAUAGGUCAUAAGUCUAAUAAAUAAUUUAGAAAUAAUUUAAUUCUCUUAAUUUGUCUUCUCUUCUAUUAAUAUUUUCAAAAAUUCUAAAUUAAAAAGGAUAAUAAAUAUGUAAACUA